CCCCUGUCUCCUCAUGGGUGGAGUGAUUAGCUGUGGUCACAGGGAGACAGAAGCCUCACACUCGCUCAUUGAUUCUCGCAGAGUUUGAGGAGCUGAAGGAGGAGAGAGCGACAUAUACACCCUCGUACACACAGCAGGCUGUGAGCUGGGAUGGUAGCGGAGGAGAUUGUGGUCUCCCUCUCAGGAGGAGCCCCGUGGGGCUUCAGGCUGCAGGGAGGAGCAGAGCAGCAAAAGCCUCUACAGGUGGCCAAGGUACGCAGGCGCAGCAAAGCCUGCAGAGCUGGACUGAAGGAGCAUGAUGAGGUGGUUGCCAUUGGUGACCAUAUGUGUGCAGAGCUCAGUCAUGGUCAGGCCAUGAGACUCAUAGACACAGAGAGUGCUACACUCAGCCUGAGGGUUAAAAGGGUCCCCUCUGGAUUCCAUUCCUCAUCUAACUCUGGUCGCUCUGCAUCGCCCCGCUCCUCCAUGAGGGUCCUGUCUCCCUCCGCAGACCCCUUGCCCUCCCACUGUCCCUCCAUCCUCUCCCCCACCGGGAUACCCAGAGGCAUCACUUCACCUCCAGACAGCGAGGCCUACUACGGAGAAACAGACAGUGACGCAGACACACAGUCACAAACUCACCGCCGCCAACGCCGCACACCUCCUCAUGCACGCUCUCCUGCACGCCAUGAUAACCAGGAAGAGGAGGAGACCUCCGAGAUGAGUGGGUAUGAGAGUGCCACAGAUGCAGGGGUUUCCAUGCAGGGACCGUGGGAUGGUCAGUGUCUUGCUGGCGUCCCUCGCAGAGAGCUAGUUUACCAGGCGCUCCAGACAGAGUGGACCACUCCAGCACACACCCCGCAUACUCUGACCCCUCACACACUCACCCCGACCCCCGAUCAGGGGUUGGUGGAAGCGGAGGGAGAAGGUGACAGUGGCUUCCAGGAGGCCGGGGGCUGCGUUGGGCUGACCUGCCCACCCCUAGUGUCUCCUGAACGGGCGAAAGAGGCUCUGUUGUUGGGUUCUAGUAAACAGCUGGUGCCCAUGGUAGGACCACAGCAGACCCCCGUCAGUGAUGAGCUCUCCACCACCUACAUGGAUAAAGCACGGCAAGCCAAGUUACAGCGUGGGGAGAGUUUGGUGGAGAAACAGGUGAAAGAAGCUCGUACUAAAUGCCGCUCUAUUGCCUCUUUGCUGACUGAUGCUCCCAACCCCAACUCGAAAGGAGUGCUUAUGUUCAAGAAACGCCGGCAGAGGGCCAAGAAGUACACGCUGACCUGCUUCGGCAAAGCGGAAGGAGAUAGAGGAGGGGAGACAGAAGGGGAGACAGGAGGCGAGACAGAGGAGGAAGGAGGAAGUUCCAUCCUAAGUGGCUCAGAAGUUGAUGAAGAGGGAUUGUCAGCAUCAUUUGACCCUACGUGGGAUACUGGUUAUCUAGACCUGCUGGACAGGAGAAGCUCUGCCUGCCCAUCAACCACUCCAACUACUCCAACAACACCAACAACCAAUCACAGCCCAGGGCUGGACAUCUCAGCCUAUCAAAUGCCAGGACUUGUGACCUCUGUCAAUCAAAGCCCAGGGUUGGAGGUCUCAGGGCCGGAGAGCUCCGCCUAUCAGGGUUCAAGGCUGGAGAGCAGCAUCACGAAGCAGCCAAUCAGUAACUACCCUGCACACAUGUCUCCUGCUGUGGCUCUGACCAAUGGGGGGUCGGUAGCUAUUAGUCGAGCUAGUGUUGUUCUGAGCCCACCCUCUCAGACACCCCUUCCAAAUCAAAAUGGGCAACACGGCAACUCUAAUCCCAGUCGUAACACUAAUCUUAGUCCUGGCCCAAUCACUGACUCAGACCAUCACCUGAACACCAGCUUCAGUCCUAAUGCAGGUGUUCUUAACCGUACUGCACGUCCCUUCACCCCUGGCCCUACCCCUUCGCGUGCAUCUGUAACCUCGGUGAUAUUUCGCCCUCCUCAACCCAAACCCACGGCCGUAACCAUGGCGACCGAACCUGUGGCGGCUGUUUCCAUGGUGACUAUCCCACCUAAUCGCCAUCCAUCAGGGCCAGAUGCGAGAAGAGCGGUGUCUAGCACCUCUCUGUACAUCCCUCCAAGAAAUAACAACAGCAACACUCAUGUUAACUCCCCAACCUCAGCUCUCUCGCCUCCCUCCUCUCUGUCUUCUGCACCUUCCGCCCAGCCCCGUGCAAACCCACACAUAUUUUCUCCUCCGCCUGCAGUACAUGCUUCCCCUUCCACCCCAUUCUCUCCCUCUGCAGCUCAAGAUCCGGCAGUCUGUCCAUCCCCUGCUCAACCUUUCUCCCCUCCAGCUCCAAAGCCAUUUCCUUCUCCUCCUGCUCCUACAUACCCACCUCCCUCCACUUGCAUUUCUGCUUCUCCCAUCUCCCCACCACACCCUUCUGAUCUGAAUCAGGUCUCCUUCCAUGCUCAACCCACCCGUCCUCCUCCUCCCAUCCAGCCUUCUCCUUCUCCGUCCGUCCACCCUUACAUCAACAUGACAGGUGCAGUGACUCCUGGCCCCCAUGCUGCCAUGGCAACUGCAUCCAUUCCCCAGGCUCCUGCUGCUGAUUCACUUGUGACACGUGAGCAACGCAUCUCUGUCCCUGCCGCUCGCACCGGCAUCCUGCACGAUGCCCAUCGUCGAAGCAACAAGAAGCCAAUGUUUAGUGCAGUCCAGAACAAAGAUGUUUCUCCAAACCCAGACCUGCUGUCCAUGGUCCAGAACAUGGAUGACCACUUUGGGAGAACCCCCGGUGCUGAAUCUGGAGUUGUACCCAGCGGGGAGGCUGGGCAUGAGUCAGGGCCCGAGGAGGACUGGCUGAGGCUGGGGGCAGAGGCAUGCAACUUCAUGCAGGCUCAGCGAGGACCCAGGCCACCCCCUGUAGCCCCAAAACCGCAAACCCCUCAGGUGCCACAGUUGGAAGGGAAGGGAGGUCAACUGUUUGCCCGCAGACAAAACAGGAUGGAUCGGUACAUUGUUGAGCGAUCUCCCUCUGUUGCUGCAGCACCUUACUCUCCUGCCCACACAAGGGAGCCCUCACCCACCCCUUCUCUUCCUGCCACCUGGAAGUACUCCCCCAACAUCCGUGCUCCACCUCCCAUCAGCUACAACCCCCUCCUCUCCCCCUCCUGCCCUCCAAAGGCCCAGAAGAAGCCUGAGGUAAAAAAAUCUGUGCCAGCUGGAUCUAAAAGGCAGAAAGCGGGCAUCAAGCCUGUGGACAUUAUGAGCCACCAGCCUUACCAGCUCAACUCCUCCCUGUUCAGCUAUGGGGGCGGGGUUACCCAGGACACCUCCACCUAUCAGCAGCACCAGCAAGGAAUGUCAGGUGGUCCUGAGAAAACUGCACGAGUAUACGAGGUGAAGCGUUUCUCCACGCCCCCUCCAACAGCAACAGGGCCUGCCCUCAAAGUUAUCGUCCCUCGAUCAGCUACGACUCUCGGAGAGCCGCUUUGGCGCUCUGAUGUCACGUCACCUCCACCCACAGUUGCUCCUGCCCCCUACCAACCCUAUCAGCCUCAACCCAAACCUUACCAACCUCAGUGUGCCACUGCCCCCCUGUCUCCCCCACUGCCUCCUGCUCCUACCGCCCCACUCCCUCAGCUCCCCACCUUCUCCUCUGCUCCUGCUCAAAACCCCGUCCAGUCCCCUACUUUCUCCCACAUUCAGCCCUCCAACGCUGCGCAGGCCAACAGGGAGUUCAAGAGUACUCCAGAUCUGAGUCCCAUGUCUCCCAAUGGUGCCUCUCAGCCAGCAUUCAGCAGCACUCAGCCUACCAGGGUACCCAGGCCCAGGUUCAGCACUUCCAAUCUGGGUCUACAGCCUUGCGUCUGGCGCCCUGGAUCCACUAUGCACUGAACAGAUUCUGGUCUGGACAUAAGAAACCAGGGCUCUAUGGGAACAGGGAGCCACAUUUUUAAAAUAAGUCAAUGUGUUUUUAGUAUUGUAAUGUUGUUAUUCAGGGCUGCAGCUUGGGGUUCUAUCAGCCACAUUUUAUCACAAGAUCUGUUUGGAUUGGCCACAUUUGUAGCGCAUUUUACCACUAACAUUUAAUCUUGUUGGCUCGUUUAUCCUACGCAUUUUGUUAUAGUUUAAGGGAACACUGUGUUUUGCAAAGGAAAUGUGGAGUGGAAACCUGAGAAAGGUUAAAAAAAAAUGGAGAUCAACUGUAGACUGAAAGGACAGGAAGAGAUCCAAGGAAAAAAUGGAAAAUAAGGUUCUGUAAAUAUUUUAUUGAAGGAUUAGAGAAUUAAAUUUAAACAUAAAAAAGAAGAAUAGAGGAUGUGAAAAGACGAGACUGUUGUAAGAGAGAUGUAGUCGAGGAUGGGAAAAAGAUGGAGGCACUGAUGAAGUGACAUAAUAGAAACAAUGUCUGAUUGAGGUGUAAAAGGUACAGAUUUGAUUUAUAGCUUCACAAUCUGUAAACAUUAUGCAGUACCUGCAUCCAUCCAAGAAUAUCAUAUCAGAAAAUUUGAAGUACUAACAAAUUUGAGGUAGCUACUACUACUGUAAUACCACCUCUGUAAUAUAUAUUCUAAGGAUUUGCAUUUGAUUAUUCUGAGUGUCUUUUUUUUAGUUGCACUCUGCAGCGGUGUCUGCUUUGUUUUCUCUAGUUUUUCAUAGGGCCAGGAGUCGUGAAGCUGUCGUGAAGAAGGGAAAAAGCCUUUUACAGUAGACGUGAUUUCUGAUCUGUUGAUAUGGAAGAAGAGAGGUAUAAUGUGUCUGUUUAGCUGUGAUUCUUUCACACAGAGACAUGCGGCUGAAUAAAAAUAGACGUGACUCAC